GUACAUGGAUGCGCUUUCUGUGGCGACGACGGUUUUCACAUGUGUGGUGAGUUUCUCCUUGAAGGGCGAGGGAGGGCUUCGCUGGCAGCGGGCGACAGCUGGGGGCAGCGUUGGCAUCGACCCCAUUAGCACAGGUGAUCAGCCAGACAAGACGUCCGAGGAUCGUUUCGAGGAGUGGGUGAACGCCCCAGAAGAUGGCUGGACGCCAUUGAGCCAGGCGGCGAACGAGAAUCAGCAGGAGGCCGUCACGCGCAUCAAGCCACGCGUGCCGCUCAUGAACGCGGCCGUGGUUAAGACGAAAGACCUCGACAAAGCUGUCGUAUGCGCCGAGGUCCACGAGGACUGGUGGCGCAAGGGCGCGCGCGGGUCCUGGGCGGGCUACGCGGAGGGGGGCGACCAGAAAUUUUCGCGCAACAUUCGAGAAUCCUGGUCGCCAGCGCCGAAACGCAGAGGGUUCAAGGCCGUCGAAGCCAGGCUCUGCACGGCGCGACAGUGCCAGAUCGUUCGCGAUUGCAAAGGCCAGCUCCUAGCCUGCGACGCGGGAUGCACGAACGCCCGCUGCGCCUGCGGCGGCAAGACGGGCUGGAAUGGCGAAGGCCACGGAGCGGCUCGAUGCGAGAGCGCCGUCCGAGCCGAGAAGUGCGCGCGUGAGAGUUCUCUCGCGCAGAAGAUCGAGCGGGACGGGGCGGGCCAGGGUUCCGCGGUCACCGCGGUGCCGGCCGCGCUCCGGGCCGGGGGGCGAAGCUGGUUGAGUGGAUCGACAGGGCGGUGGCCCCCCAGCAAGCUGGGCACUUCCAAGCAGCGCAUCCGGCUCGCAUGUCCAGGGCCUCCGGACCUCUCUGCCGGGGGGGCAGUGGUGUCCCAGCAGGUCGACGUCGCAGAGAUCCGCCCCGUCGAG